AUGGUCACCCUUAGAUUCAUUCACUUUGAUGUCAUGUCCAUGCAUAAAUCGAACAGUCCAUGUCCGUCACCGGUUAAUAUGCCUUACCUUCCUGAUGAUUUACUAUUGAACAUCUUAGCCCGUGUCUCGAGAUUGUACUGCCCGAUUCUCUCCUUAGUUUCCAAGAGAUUCCGCUCUCUUGUUGCAUCACUUGAGCUUUACAAGAUCCGAACGCUCUUAGCAGGAUGCACCGAGAAUUGUCUUUAUCUGUGCUUACGUUUCGGUUAUGUAUAACCACGUUGGUUCACUCUAAGCCGAAGACCAACUCGAACCCCUAACCCUAACCCUAACUUCAACUCACGAUGGUUCACAUCCUGCUUUAGACCAAUCCUUACAAAUCGCACUAGCAAGGAAGAAGAGAAGUUAAGUGAAAAUGUUAUGGUCUCAGCCCCAACUAGCAAUUAUCGUCCUCGGUUUGGGUUGACUUGUACCACAAUUGGUUCUUAUAUCUACAUGAUUGGCGGAAACAUAAAUGGUGUGCUCUCGUCUAGGGUCUUCCUCUUGGAUUGUCGGUCUCACAUCUGGCACGAAGCUCCAAGCAUGCGGGUAGUUCGAAAGUGCCACCUCGUGAAUGUUCUUGAUGGAAAAAUAUAUGUAGUGGAAGGCUGGAAAGUUUAUGAUUAAUACUCGAAUAUGAUCGAGUGUUUCGAUUCCAAAACCAAAAUAUGGGAGCAUGUGCCAAGCCCUAUCGCGGAGAUACGUGGGAGGUAUAUAUCAGGAAGUUUAGUCUAUGACGGAAAGCUUUACCUGUUUGGGGAUAAAAAUGUAGUUAACAAGCCUAAGGAAAAUAGAUGGAAUGCGGUCGGAUUGGAUAUGCUUUUGUUGUUGGUUACCUAUUAUUCUUCUUGCGUGAUAGAUAAUGUAUGCUAUAUGGCAUUUUCAAGAACACUCCUAAGGUACGACUCCGAGGAACGAACGUGGAGAUCUUUGAUGGGUUUGAAAGAACUUCCUAAAUUACCAAAGCAUCCCAGUCAUGUUAGAUUGGUAGAUUAUAGUGGAAAGAUUGCGGUUUUAUGGGAGAAGAAGUGCAUGCGCGGCUCUAAGAAGAGGAUGAUUUGGUGUGCUGAGAUUGCGCUUGAAAGACGGAAUGCACACAAGAUUUAUGGGAAGAUUGAGUGGUGUGGUGUUGUGCUUACGGUGCCCAAGUCAUGUUCUUUAUUUGAACUCAUUGCUGUUAAGAUUUGA